GACUGUCGUGCAUCACACAGCUGAGGAGAGGUUGAAGAGUCGACACGCACAACCGGACAGGCCCCUCUGUCAGUGGGUUUCCCAUCCCCGGGAGUCCAGGGAGUGGAGCUUUACAGAGAGAGACAGAGAGCCAAGUGUUAACUGGCCUUGAACUCAUCUGAUUUAGCAGGAAUACCAUUGUGGAAGGCUCCAGAAUGAUUUUCAGACUCCCAAGACUGACUCCCGGCUACAUCAGGCUGCUGCAGACCCAGGCCUACCACAAUGUGUCUGUGACGCCUCCAGCUGAGAAGUCCGUGCCUGGUGUGGCCAUGCUGCUGGGGGCCGUGGGGAUCGGGAUGUGUGGCUACAGCUCCAGGCAGUUGGCCCUCUACCACCGGCCCUCCGCCCGUGUGCUGCAGUGGGUUGGCACCCACACCGAUGCCGGCACAGUGGCCCUUCGGAGCCCUGUCCCAGAUGUAGCUCGCCGGGCUGGUACCAAUCAGGAGAUCCCACCUCUCUCCUUUGUGGGCGAGAAAGUUCCAUCGAAGUAAAGCGGUGAUGAUAGCUUGGAUUUAGAACAGCCGGCAUCACAGGUUGAAUUUCAGUAACUACACUUAUGCUUGUCUGAGAUUGUAGCUAUGCUGGCCCGUUGCACUAAUGUGGCCCAUGUGCUCUCUAAAGACGCGUGAGUGUGGAUAUCUGACUGAACCUGUAUGCUGGCAGACAACUGGAAAAGAUAUCUUGUAGUGACAUGGAAAUCUGUAACCAGCACAACACAUACAAGGAUAGUUUACAUUCAGCUGCACUGUAUUCACUAAUAUUAGACUGUUAAAGCAUUGAGAGGCAUGAACCAUUACGAAUGAUUGGAUGAGUAUGUAACUGAUGCUGGAACUUCCCAAAGACUGUUGCUGAAUGUGGCUUGAAUGAGCGAACGUGUUUAAUUUGGAGACAUUGUGUGUCUUGUUGAGUCCUGGCAUAGAGAGGGACUGAUGCUUGGCAGUGUCCCUCUGCACACAGAUGGUUGGCAACCCUCUUUCUGUGACCUCCCCCCUCUCCUUUCCAUCCUUCCCCAGGCAGAAGGCCAUGUGUAAGUGCUUGAGCAGCCCACCCCAGCCCAUGCCUUCAGUUGAUUUCCUCUGAGGAGGAGCAGGUGCCGUCCAUCAACAAGCCUUGGCGUUGUACCACGCGGUCCACAAUGGCUGUCAAUCAAGACAGAGCGGUGGACGCCGCAAUCUGGCUCGAAUCAGUGACUGGUGUCUCCUGUUCUUGGUAAAUUUUUCCAAGAAUUUGGUCAGAGUGGUGAAGAACAGCACAUAUGACAACACAUAUGAUAUCAAAAAACACUCCCACAGAUACAUCUUGCUGGAUUAAGAGUCCAACUUUGCCUGGCUCAGACAGGCGGCAGGCAGACAAGGUGGAAUGGUGAUUCCUCCAGGAUAAGCCUGUGUCCUCGGUGGGGAUUAACCCUGCUGGAAAAUCAUUCCUGGCACACACACACUCAUUAACCUAAUCUGGCAUUAGAGAGACAAGGACUCGUGAGAAGCAGACAGUUCCUGGGCAUCCCGACAUUGUACCAUUCCCCCUGCAGUGUCCACCGUUCGUCUCACUGUCAUACAUGGGUGUAUGCAUUAUGAUGCACAUUUGUGGUUAAAAUGUAGCAGUGAAAAAGGGACUUGAGACUUGGCGAGACACUGAGUGUGGUUGAGAAUGAGUGCUGUGCCUUACGGGUUGCUCGGGAUUAGACUGUCUUUAUUUAUGUCGACCAUGAGCAUCUAUCAGAUGUGGUGGUGACACAAGUCAUAAAUGGAGAGUUUUAUUUCUCCACAAGCAGGAGGGUAAGAGGAAAAAAGAAGGUUCCCAGGCAUUGUGAAAAGGGAGGAUUCUGAGAAAGUCCCGUGUUUCAUCAGUUAGAGGUCAGCCAGACCUUGUAAUCCUUUUUUUUCCCCCCUUAGCUGAAGAACCAUCCUCUUCUGUCUGCCAAAUUGGACAAGCGGCUGGUGGUGGUAGGUUGAGAGUUUUUAGGCCCCCAAUAAUGGCCCUCCAGUACCCUGGUGCAGCAGGUCACCAACAAAACGGUCGUAAUCCACUCAGCAGAGCAAGCUAAUGGCUUCAACUGGCAUCAGGCACUGAACAAUUGGUCACCUUACCCUGGACACAGACUGACAUCCAUAAACAAUUUCAUAAUGGGUGUAGAAUAGCAGGAUAUUCAUAGGGAAACACACAGGGUAAAGUGGGGCAUCGCUCUGUUUUCACAUGCAUGUCUGACUUGAUCUGUUCUAAAAUCAAAGUCUGAAAGAAUUUGUCACACUACUGCAUUCUACAGUUAUGUUCAGGCGUUGCACUCCCCGGAGUUCUGAAAUCGAUGUGGGUUUGGGCUGGAGGCUGUGUAAUGCACCUGGCUGGUUUUGAUGGAUUCUCUCCAUACUGCAGUGGUGCACACUGAGCACAGAGCACUGUGAAAACCUAUUGAUCUCAAUCAGAGAGUGAGGGAGGAGAGCUUGUCUCCUCACUGCAGAAAACUUCCCCUUUCGCUCAGCACUGUAGAGUUUAUGAGGGGGAACUGCCAGGAUAGAAGGAAUACCUGAAAACUUGUUUGCUGUUGGAAUAAAAAAAAAAGAUAUAAAUGCAAGGGAUGUUUGACGGCCCAGUGUUCAUCUGUCAGCUCGCUGCGUGUCACACAUCAGUGCUCAUCCAUCACAGUUCGUGAAGGUCUACAAACUGGAGUUCAGCUGUGCCCAAUAAAGGAGAGAUUCGUUCUGUUAGUCAAAUAAUCAAUAUUUAAUGAAAAGAUGUUGGAAGAGAUUUGUGAAAUAAAAGCAGUUGGCAAACA